AUGGCGGGCAUUGAGCAGCUCGAGAUACAUAGCAAGUCCUACAUCGUACGAUGGGUCAAGGUCGACGAAGGCCACACCAUAUCCUGGAGCGUUCAACCACACAAGAAAUCCAUUAACUUUGGCAUUGUAAAGCAUCCCGGCACUGGCGCCGCCGGCCUCAUCACCAACCAGAACGACGAAGCGGCUGCCCCGGGCUCCUUCACCUCUGGCGUCGCCGAGCCCAAAAAACCGUUCGCCAGGAGGGAUUCGAGCACCGCCCAAGAGCAGCUCGCCAACAAGGGAUUCAUUCCCAUAAAAUGGCAUGGGAAAUGCGAUGCCGACAAGGUGUCGACCGGCACUUGGGACGUGCCUCACGGUCAGGGCGGCAUGUUCGGCUUGGUUUUUGACAACACCUUUUCCAAGCAGAUCUCCAAGACGGCCACCUUCGUCCUCCUCACCUAUCCGACCGGCGCACCGCCCCAGACCACCGCUCACAGCUUCCCGAACCUACAGGCCGGGUCCAACGCCACCGCCAGCAAAACCAGCCUGCCGCAGAUGGCCGCCGUCACCUCGGCAUCCCAGGACAGCCUCCACAGCCACAUGCCUGCCGCGGGACGCCCGACAUCUGCCUCGGGCCGCAGUGAUGGGACCACCAAUUACCAUACUGGCAUCCUGCACAAGAGGAGGAGAAAGAAGGGCCAGGGUUACGCGCGUAGAUUCUUUUCACUGGAUUACUCAUCCUGCACGCUGUCGUACUACUACAACCGCAAUUCGUCCGCUCUUCGUGGUGCCAUCCCUUUGAGUCUUGCCGCCAUCGCCGCCGACGAGCGCCGCCGGGAGAUUAACAUUGACUCGGGCGCCGAGAUCUGGCAUCUGCGGGCAUCCAAUGCCAAGGACUUCAGCGAUUGGGCCAAGGCCUUGGAAAAGGCCAGUCGCGCCGCGAGAGGCGUGGAGGAGCAGCAGCCUAACAACAACAGGGCCGCCCCCUUGAGGGUCAACACGACGCAUUUGAAGCCCACGCAAUCGAACCCAGACGAAGAUCGCGAAUGGCAGCAGGUCGAGACUCUUGUCAGCCGCAUGGUUGGCACCAGGGAUGCGCUCCGUCGUCUGGUCAAGGACAUGUCAACUCAGAGGCCCGUCAGUAUGGCUGCCUCCAACUACCUAUCCCCAGGCAGCACGUUGGGCGAAGAGCCCGACGGUUAUUUCGCCCCUCCCACUACCACUGAACAGCCCCAGAGACGCCCUUUCUGGAAGCGCAAAUCGAGCAACGCGACACCCACAGCAUCCACCGCCGCCGCUGCCGCCUCUGCCCUUGCUGUUCCAUCUCCUAGUUCCGUGACGACCGUUGCUGCCAAUGGCUCGCGACACUCGAAGCAGAAGUCCGUCCAUGAAGAGAAGAGUACGCAGGAGCACUGCGCAGCAGUUCUCAACGACCUUGACUCCGUCGUGUCCGAGUUUACAACCCUGAUUGCAAACAGCAAACGCCGUCGAACACCCGCCCCCCUGUCCGCCGCACCCUCCCGGAGAAGUAUGGAAACAGUGUCGACGGAAGAGUUCUUCGAUGCUGAAGCCGGUGAAACAAACUCGCAAAUUGUCAGGAUUGCCCAAAGCGAGGAUGAGAGCCCGGAUUCGGAGGCUGAUGAGCAUCUGAGUGACUCAUCUUCCAUCUCGUCGGCCCAGGAGGAUGAGGGGCUCGGCUCAGAGGACACGAAUUGCUAUCCGGCGAAGCCCAAGAGCCUGACUCCUCUGCCGGUGGACAUCUCAGUUUCCAGGCGGUCCACGAUUCCACCGGCCAUGGUGCAGCCUCCGAGUCUGAUUGCGUUCGUGCGAAAGAAUGUAGGCAAGGAUCUUAGCACCAUCAGUAUGCCCGUGUCCGCGAACGAACCCAUCUCGCUGUUGCAGCGCGUUGCAGAACAGUUGGAAUACGCUCAGCUCCUUGAUGAGGCUGUCCGGCAGAAAGAAGCCAAGGACCGUCUGCUUUACGUCGCGGCAUUUGCUGUGUCGCAGUUUAGUACCGGCCGUGCCAAGGAGCGCGCUAUUCGCAAGCCCUUUAACCCUCUUCUCGGCGAGACGUACGAGAUGCUGCGGACGGAACAGGAAGUUCCAGGAGGGUUCCGCUUACUUGUGGAAAAGGUCACACAUCGCCCCGUCAGGCUUGCUAUGCAAGCUGAUUCGGCCAACUGGUCUUUCAGCCAGUCUCCGGCGCCAUCGCAGAAAUUCUGGGGCAAGAGUGCCGAAAUCACAACAGAAGGCCGCGUCCGGGUCGCUCUUCGACUUCCGGACGGAACCGAUGAGCUGUAUUCGUGGACACACGCGACCAUGUUCCUGCGCAACGUUGUCAUGGGCGAGAAGUAUGUUGAACCAGUAGGUGUCAUGCAGAUCUGCAACGACUCGAGCGGCGCGAAGGCCUCUGUCGAGUUCCGGAGCAAGGGUAUGUUCGGCGGCCGAGGCGAGGAUGUCCAGGUGGAGACGUACGGACCGGAUGGCGUACACACUGGUAGCAGCCUCUCCGGCACAUGGACUGGCGGUCUUCGUAUCGUUCAGGCCGGAAAGGGCGCUGGGCAAGAGAUAUGGCGUGUUGGAAAACUUGUUGACAACGCUGCCAACACGUACGGAAUGACCACAUUUGCAGCGGGUCUCAAUGAGGUAACCGAGAUCGAGAAGGGCAGGUUGCCGCCCACGGACAGCCGUCUGAGACCGGACCAGCGGCUAGCAGAGGAGGGCGAUCUCGACCAGGCCGAGGAGUGGAAGGUGAAGCUAGAGGAGGCACAGCGAGCCCGGCGUCGCGUACUAGAAGAGAACGGCGAGGAGCACAAGCCCAAGUGGUUUGUCAAGGUCGGCCAAGGCCCGGAGGGUGAGGAGGUAUGGAAGCUGAGAAUGGGCAAGGACUCGUACUGGGAAGAGAGGUCCAAGGGCACGUGGAGCGGCCUGGAGGAGAUUUUUGCUGGUUAG